UUGAUGACACAUUCUGAUACUGUAGCAGUUAAUUUCAUCGACAAUCUCUAUAUACGGUCUGUUCUCGGUCAUGAAACUACUUAUAUGUUGAUGCAUCCACGUAAAGUGUGAGUAUGAUGUAAAAAAAAUAUAAUAAUAGUGAUAGCAAAUAUCUCUUUUCCUUCCGCGACAAGCUCCUGUUAAUCUAAGAAGACAGAGGAUUGUGAGGAUUAUUUCAGCAAAAGGGUGAAUUAUGCAAAGAUCCGAUUUUAUAAGAUGUUCUCAACCUAACUGCUGUAAAUUUGUACAUAUAACGGCUCCAAAGGACAUCAACAUCACGAGAAUUGAACUUGGUUCUUGCACCACAAGUCAGGAUAAACAGCAUUAUACAGUUUAUUACAACAAUAACCAAUCAAAGCAGACUCUGUAUGAGAAAAGUUGCUGUUAUGGCGACAUCUAUGUGUAUUAUGAUUAUCUUCCCCAUGCAAGCCCAAGAACAGCUCUGCAAACAACUGGAACAGAAAUACGAGGCACAUCUUCAACGCCUUCAGGGACCCAUCCCGUCAUUGCGAUUUUUCCAUACACCAAAACUCCUCCCCCCACCGGUCCUCCAGAAGUUUCCAUCCCCUCAGAUCCCAAGAACAGUUCGGUACUGGUCACCAUUCUUGUGUGUUUAGCAUUGCUAAUUAUCCUGGGGGCUGCUGCACUGCUGUAUAGACGUUACAGGAAAUUAAGGUUGGCAAAGGUGAAAAAGCUACCAGAUCAUUACGAAUACUCAGUUACACAAGAAUAUAGAAUCACCGAGACGGUGGAUGAUAGCAUAUCGCCCACGACCACUAACUACUUUGUUUUAGAGAUGACAGAAGGACCACGCCCACCCACAGCAAGUCCAAGUUCCAAUACAGCGCCCACUCCUUGUUCAUCCAGUGAAUAUGAAACUGUUCAACUGAAUAACGAACCCAAAAAGCCAAGCGAGGGUGUAUAUAACACAUUGCGUGAAAAUAGCACACAACCAGAUGAUGUAACGGACAACUACAGUCGUUUUGCAGACUUUAACCAAGAGUAUUGUCACUUACAAAGAUGAUCUAACAAUUGAAUUGAAAAACAAUACAUGAAGUUUUAUAAACAGUGUGAUAUAGAGGUGACACAAGUGUCAUUAAAAUAUAUGAUACAAUAUC